GAUAUUACAUACCACUUAAGAUACAACUCGUGUGAAAUUAGUAUCGCCACUGUUUUGAUAACAAAUGGAUGGGAAAAUGAUGCUCUUAAAAUGUAUCUUUGGAGCGCUGUUUUUGUGCUGGAUUGCCGAAACUAGCUACGGCUGCCGCCGCUCACGUUCAUGUGAGGAUUUGCAAUACAAACAUAGAAACAUAAAAAGCGGGGAAUAUUUCGUCUACAAUAGAAGAGGUCAGAGAUACAAAGUCUACUGUGAAUUUCACCGCGGCUAUGGCUAUACAUUUGUUUCCAAAGAUGAAAUUCGAAAAGCCGACAUGAGACGCCUUCGACGAUGUCAUUCAAAGGUAUUAGUACGACAUUUGCGCUCAAACGGCAAGCAAUAUGAUACUAUGAUGGAUCAAAUAUCUUCCCGUUCCUCUAUACCGUUGAGUGUCCAGUACAACAAAAACACUGGUUAUGCCACUCCGAUAAACCAUGCGACAAUGGGUCCUUAUUUAUAUCUUGGUUUCUUACCGAAAUACAUCGCACGAAGCCAUAGUAUACAGGGGUAUAGAGCCAAUGGUCAGGAUUUUACGUUUCGGAAUUGUGAUGCAAAUCCAAACAGCUAUUUAGCUCUCUUUGUCAACCCCAAACACAACGACCCGAACGGUUAUUACAAACGCUGCUGCUACACUAAACUGAUGAGGGACUGGAUAAACGUGGGCAAAAGAACUUCGGAAUUCCUUCCAUGCAAAUACUUUUUCCAGUUUGAGAUGCACAUGGGAGGAUGUGGUGGGUAUGCUGUCAAUGGCUUUAACACCUUGACCGACGUAAUCGGUGCAGCCUUAGGUUUCCAAUUCGAAACAAGAACAAAGGAGCAAAAUGAAAAAAGGAGUUUUCAGGCAGAAUGAAAAUGAUACCAUAUAGACACGUGCAAAUACGAUUUUUCAGUGUUCCUUUAAUUGACUUUUAAAAUCAUAGCAAACUUUUAUCAAUUGCAUAUAUAUCAAAAUAUCAAUUCCUUUACUGACAUAUAGACAUACUCUUGCAAUGCCUUUCCCUUCUUUCAUGUGGGUAACAUAACUGAGUGCAGUUGCUUUGAUGUUCGUACAGAAACUUGACUGUGACAUGAAAUAAUAAACUUUCACUUCGUCA